CUAGUGUCAUUUCUAUAAAUUUCCGGACCGAACUUCGUGGUGUUCAGCAGUUCAGUUCGGUGAAAUGUAUGCGGGGUUUGAAAACCUUUCCAAGUGAAUUAUUUCGAAUUUUCAAAGGAAAUGAGUUCCCUACAGUAUGUGGUUCAUCCCCUGCCGGGUACUGAGGAGCAGUUUAAUGACAGAUUGAAAGAAGUAGCAGAUAGAAUCAACCGUCUAGGACACAAUUUGCACCCAACUCUAUCCAAUCUUCCUUUUGGAAUCAAGAAGAUUUGCCUUGCCUCCACCUACAUUGCUUUAUUAUUGGAAGAUGGUCGCGUUUGUCGGGUCUCCUACAACAUUCUUCCUGACCGACUAGACCUGAGCAAAAAUGACUCCAAAAGCACACAACCGACCUUUCCUAACACAACCUUACCACGCAACCAAAGAUCUUGGUUGUUGCGUAGUUCUGGUGGUGGUAGUGGCGCAUCUGGCACCAAUCCUGGAGGCGGAGGAACUGGUAGCACUAAGCCGACCAACACUGGGCGUGGUUGUCGAACCCGAGCCAACACUAGGCUCAUUCCUGGCCAGAGAACCAACCGAGGUGGAUCCAAUGGAGCCGGUACCCGGGGCGCUCCAGUAAUUAUAGGAACGUCCGCCUCGGGGAGUGGAAGGCCCAUGGUUACGGUACCAGCGCCGUAUGUUCCCGAAGAGUUAGUAUCUCAAGCCCAAGUUGUCCUACAAGGGAAAAGCCGAAGUUUGAUCAUUCGAGAACUACAGCGGACCAAUUUAGACGUUAAUUUAGCAGUCAACAAUCUUCUUUCACGCGACGAUGAAGAAGGAGAGGAAGUGGAUGACGCCGCUGAUUCCUACGUACCAGAAGAUCUAAUAUCUCUUCUGGACGGCGGGUUUCAUUCGGACCAUUCAGUCAUCAUAGAUGCAGACGCAAUGUUUUCUGAGGAUAUGUUUGGUUAUGCGGGAAUUCGAAGCGCUUUUGGUAGUCGAGCCGGCAGUGCGCGCAGUGGAAGUCGUUUGCUGGAAAGAGACGCCGCUCCAGGUCCUGGAGCUGUUGCCGGCCAAGAUCGCGAUCGUGAAACAUUUUCUAGGUGGCGAGAAAGGCAAUAUUUUGGUCCACGCAAGUGGUUGGAAACUGCGCUGAGGGACAGCCCUUACGAAAAAGACUCAGACCAUAAGAAAAAGGACAGCGCUUGCCCCCUGUGGAUUUCGGACGAUCUAGAAUUUUGGCCAGAACCAGCACCCAAAUUUUGCCAAAUUGCUACGUUAUACAGCGAGUUGAUUGCUUUGUCAUCAAACGGCCAACUCUACCAAUGGAAAUGGAAUGAGCACGAACCUUACAAGCAUCCGGAGAACCCAAAUAUACAUCACCCAAAAACGAUAGCUCUCAACUUGACUAACGAGAAAAUACUCCAUCUAUCGGCUUGCUCCACCCGCUGUUCAGUUGCUACCGAUUCUGGAAAAGUAGCGACAUGGCUUGAUGAAUUACUGGCUCCAGCCGCCAACAAGCUGGAGCACGCCGCUCAAGCUUAUAGUGAAUUUCAAAAUGAUCGAAUUACAGCAUUAUUUACAUGCCCAUUGUACACUGUUUCCAAGCUAGAAAGUGGCGCCUUGUAUUGGUGGGGAGUUCUGCCUUUUGUCCAGCGCAAACGUUUGUGGGAGAAAUACAGAGCAAAAUGUCGAAAACAGCGUCAAACUUCGUCAAACCAGUCGGAAAUCGUCACUGGCUCCCAAGUUUGCAUGAAAAAUAGUCCCAUGUACCAACCUGGAGCAAUAGGUUUUACCGUCUCAGCUGGCGUUCCCAAGAUGGGUCAAUUGCAAAACUCUGCUUGGAGUUUGAGCGACACAUGCACCUUUAAGAUUAUGAAUGUUCAGCCUCAGAAUCCUGUCGAAAAGAUCAACCGGGAAGAACGGCCAGGUUGCAGCGGUGCUAGUUUAUAUGGUUUCAAGAAAGGCUCAACCAGUAAACGUGCAGAAGAUGUACUUUUGGAACCAUGUAACUCGAAAACGCCCAAUACUAAGGAAAACACCGACCGCCUUGACAUGCCUCCACCGCCAUCACCAGCAUCCAGUACAUGCAGCGAUACAGGAAGCACCAGUCACAAGAGACAAAAAAAGCUAGUGGUAACAGUUUCCGACAUCAACAUGGAUACACGCAAAGAUGAAGAAGAAUGGCAUCUUCGUGAUGUGAUUUUUGUCGAAGAUAUGCGUAAUAUUCCAACAGGACGCGUAUUGAAAGUAGAUGGGGCUUACGCCGCGGUCCGUUUUCCCUCUGUGCAAACUCGAGACAAAGACACAACUCGGGAUUUGGACGAAAUUCUCCAGGACUGCAGAUUAAUGCGCAAAGACGAAAUACAAGUUAUUAAAUCCAGUUCCAACUCAAGAGUGCCAGAUUGUUUCCAGCGCACCCCUAGAAGGAUUGCGAUUUCCGAAAAUAUCGGGCAAAUAUUGACCGUUGCCGUGGACGGGCAAGGUAUCCAUUCCGUUGUGAGGAAUGGCUCCAAGUUGAGCUACUGCAUUUUUAACAUCAGUACUGGCCGAGUGGAACAAGACAAUCCGUUUCCCAGUGAUUCUGCCGCCUUUAUGGGGCUGUACCCUUCGUUGAUAAACUUGACUUGUGCAGGAGAAAGCAACGAAAGUAUCUUGAUUCUUCGCGAUGGCAACAACACCAUCUACCCACUAGCCAAAGAUUGUGCUGAAGCAAUUCGCGAUCCGCAAUUCUUAGACUUGCCUCCAGUGAAAUGUGUUGCAGCCAGUACAAUGUCGUUAUCUGGAACUAGCCUCAACAUGAAGAACCAAGUGGCGAUUGUCGUGUUUGCUUUAGAACAGCAACUGUUGAUGCCCAAAAUUCUUAGGUGCGAUAUUGAGGGCGUGCGGCAGGUUCUUACUCAAUUAGACCAGGAAAAUAAGAUAAAUGCCUUAAUCAGGCCCUCGAUCUUGACGGAAAGGUGCGACGGAAAUAGAAAUAUAUUCCACACAAUUGUCAACAUGUGCACUCCCACCUCAAACAAAGAUAACGAUACCAUACAGGAAGAUGCAAUUAGGUUCAUUCAAGAGGAUCCUAUACCAACUCAAAGUUGGCCACCGGAAACUUUCGACGUAGCUUCAGGCGAUGAAGAUAGUAUAAUGAGCUUAGGCAGUAGUGCCGCCAAUAAAGGAAACAGCCACAGCCAUAGCAUGUCAAGCACUGUGAUCGAUCCGUCGGAAAGAAGGUCACACGCCAUGCAAAUCCUCCACUCAUUGCUCUACGAGUCAGCAACAAUCGAGACUUACCUCAUCGAGUUCCUUUGCGCAAAAGACGCACAAGGCCAGACCCCAUUUAUGUUGGCUGUUUCCUCUCGCAGCUACCCCGCCGCUUUGGAAAUAUUCGAGCGCAUUACCAAGCUAGGAAGCGUGCAAGAUCGCGAAGAAAUGAUAUUUCCAAAAGGCUCAAAUCCGGAUCAUUCCCCUCUACAUGUGCUGUGUUGCAACGACACAUGCAGCUUUACUUGGACUGGAGCUGAUCACAUAAAUCAAGAUAUCUUCGAAUGCAGAACUUGUGGCUUAACCGGCACAUUGUGCUGCUGCACAGAAUGCGCCCGGGUUUGUCACAAAGGCCAUGACUGUAAGUUGAAACGUACGUCGCCGACAGCUUACUGUGACUGUUGGGAAAAAUGCAAGUGCAAGGCUCUCAUUAUGGGAAAUCAGUCGGUACGAUUCGAGCUCUUAAGCCGCCUAGUUAAGGAAACGAAUCUGGUUUGUCUGCCGAACUCUAGAGGCGAGAGUAUUUUGCUAUUUCUCGUACAAACAGUGGGACGACAAAAUCAAGAGCAGCGGCAAUUCAGUAAGUCCAGACCGCGCACAAACUCGCGCAAUAAAACGCCUUCGUCAGACAUUGAAUCUGAUAUGCCGGAACAUGACUUGGAACCUCCGAGGUUCAGUCGCAAAGCUCUGGAGUGUCUUUUGUCUGAUUGGAAGGCGAUGAAAAGCAUGAUUAUGUCUGGGACAAGAGAUCCUAAUGAUUUGCAGUUCGCGGACCAUCCUUAUGUGUCAGGUCAAUCAGGUACUACACUAUUGGAUAAAUUCACACAUUGUUUCUUGGUGAAGUGUCAUAUGUCCACCGACAUCGUGGCUGAGACUUUGAUCAAAGAAAUCAGAAAUCCCGAAAAGAAGCAAAACUAUUUGGCCACAUUUGUGGCCAGAAGAUUCGUUCGUUCGGUAGUGAGGAUUUUCGUGAUUUUCAGCAUUGAAAUGGCCCCUACCUCGGCCAAAAAACGCACCCUAAACAACCAAAACCUGCCUCUUGUUAAGUGCAAGCGGAUUUUUCAGUGCCUCAACAAGCUAGCUAUUGAGGAAUUGUGUGAAACUGCCGAUUCUCUUAUUGCGCCAGUUCGACUGGGAGUGGCGAGACCAACAGCCCCGUUUUCUCUCGCCACAUCGCCCAGUGACGUUCUUAACGGUUCAGAGGAACUAUUUCUUGUUGAUCCGCUAGCUCCGAGUACAUCACGUCAGAGUAGUCAAAGCUCCACUGAUUCAUUUCCGUAUUUGAGCGAUUCAAUUCGCCGAUCUCAGACCGACAGAGAUUUGCAUAACAAUAUUGUGGAUCCAGAAAAUUUAGGCAUGGCAAUUGAUAACGAUGAUGACGCCACUUCUGAACAUGAAGACAUUCAAGUAGAGCGAGAAAUGAAUCUGGUGAGACAGGUGGCAGCUAUGGGUGGUAACGAAAGUCAGGAAGUCCCAUCUGAUCAACAAGAAAAUCGGAUGCAGGGUGAAGAAUCCGAUCCUGAACUGGAUUUGUUAGCGGAAACUGAAAGCGACAGCGACGAUAAUCACAGCAAUCAAGACGCCGCCAGUGCUCAGAGGUCAGUGCAGACUGGAGCAACAGCCGGAAGCGAUACAGGAGGUAUGCUGUUAUUCCCUGAAGAUGAAAGCGGGGAAUCCAGCCAGCAAGAGGAGGAAGAAAGCGAAGCCGGCACCGAUGAACCAGACAAUGAAGAGUACAUCACUGAGGAACAGUUGGAAAGACGAAGAACCCGGUUUAACACCGCAACCGGAGGGACAGGGCAACGCUCCAACUUGGCGCCACAAAACAUGCAAUGGGCCAUCCGAUCUAGAGAAUCGGGUCGGUCCACUGGCGUCCGUCUGGCUAACGGAUCCAACUUGGUUUUUAUAGACCCAAGUUCACUAAGACGGUCAACAACUGGAAGCGCAACAGUGGCCGCUAGCUCUGAGCCGAUCACUAUGGCGACUACAGCCAGUUGUCUAGCUAGGGCUUUCGGAAUCGUAGUGCGACAAAUCGCAGAUCUCCUGGCCAAUAUGACAAGUACGACCUCGUCUGGAGUACCUUCGUGUUACAUGACUGUGUCUCAGGAUGAUAUUUCCAAUGUCCAGAUAUAUCUGGAAUUCUGUCUGAAGCCCACAUGGGACUGGUUGUUAACUGUGAUGGAUGCUACUGAAGCCCAACUGAAAUUUGGAGCGUCGUUGACCAAUUCCGUGGAUAAUGGAGUGGGCAAUGCCGCCACUGGUGCUGGCCCGUCAUCGGGAGGCGGCGGCACCGCCACAGUCGGAGCCGUUCAGCAGCACGCACCACCCGGCACCGGCUCAGGAGGUGGGCAUCUACAAAUGCCUGCGCCCUAUUUAGCCUCAUUAGCUGAUUUAGUAGGUUCCAACUCGAGUGUGGUUCGUUCAAGCCGGGCGCACCCUGCUACGGGCACAAACGGCUCCGUUGGAAGUCGCAUCGUUGGUUUUACUACAAACGUGGAAAGCAGCAGAAGUCGCACCGAAAGAGAUGUAAGUGACGGACACGCAGCAAGGAGGGAAUUCCUGUCCUAUUGUCUGUCUUUAAUGCGGGCUCACAACAGCGAGCAUCUGGAUUCAUUGCCAAUUUUAGACGUUUCCGCGCUUAAGCAUGUAGCCUAUGUUUUUGACGCGUUAAUUUACUUCAUGAGAUCCGGAAUGCUUGACCAAAGAGAUGACGAUGUGAAAAGUCAAAGUGGCACGUUGCCGCUGCCGCCUGCCUACGACCAAGAUGAAAACGAAAAUGAUGAGGCGGACGAGGAUAUCGCUGUUAAUAUGGACACGGACUCUUUGGACGACCAGGAGGUUUCCAACCUGGCCAAUAACCUCUCUACAGGUCUAAGCAAUACCGGCCAACAAUCAGCUUUCCAAGGAAAAGGUCGGAAGCACCUGUUCUUCCAGAGAUCCGAGUCGACGCUUUGUCUAGGAUGUCCACCGCCCGAUCCAUUCGAAACGCCCAUGUCUGAGGCUUUACCUUUGGCCGACCAGCCCCAUCUAUUGCAACCCAAUGCUCGCCGCGAAGACCUGUUUGGAAUCCCUAAACAACCGGUUACUCUCACCUCUACAGGGAGCGCGGACAAUCCGUUGGAACAGCUGCCCACUAAGCUGAGUUUAUCCACCCGCACUACAGACUACGCGAUGCGCCAACCAGCACAUGCCAAUCAUCCCAUUUCUAGUUCAUUGAACGUGAUGGGUCCUAAUCCGCUGACUUACCCAAAAAACUACGGUCCCGAUGUAGAUAUUUCUAGAGACGGACAGGUUUUAAUGGAUGUUAACCUACCAACAUCGCGAGAGUCUCUGCCAGGCACGAGCAGCAGCAGUGGAAGUAAUGCGAACUCGCCGGUGAAAGAUUCAAAGAAAAGGAACAUGCAACCUUUCGAAAGCCUGCUGGCCGCUAUCGGUAAUAAAGCUAGUGAAGAAGCAAUCAACGAAAAACCACAAGAUUUAUCUUCGAAAAGUACCAACGUGGCGAAUAUUCCACUCCCUCCGGAAGUACCACAAACUGGUCGUCCACAAAUCAUAGUGUCCCCAAGAAAAUCCGACAAUAACCUAGAAAUAGUCAAUCAAGAACUGUUGUGUUCUCUGCCUUCUUACCAACUGUCAGAAAAUUUGGAUCGUAGCAACAUAUGUAGUGACGCUCUUAGUGCAACCUCUUCGAUGUCGGGCUCAUCCAGAAGUGCAAGCAAAAGCGUUAUUGUUCGCGCAGGAUCUUCAAUGAGCAACAGCGCACCCAGUAUAAAAUCCAACGAAUCAGAUAUAAUGAUGGACGUGCAGCAGGCAGAAUCAUUAGAAAACCAGGAAAUAUCGGCUAAUGUAACAGUAGUUACCACUUCAGUUGCCCAAGAGCUUCCCAAACCGACUAUUGGUCAACUGGUGUCUCACGACUUGCUUCUCGGUCGUUGGAGGUUGUCUCUAGAUCUGUUCGGUCGCGUAUUUAUGGAGGAUGUUGGUUUGGAACCCGGAUCAAUAGUGUCCGAGUUGGGUGGUUUUCCGGUAAAAGAAGCGAAAUUUAGGCGCGACAUGGAGAAACUGAGAAAUAACCAGCAAAGAGAUUUAACGUUGUCGAAGAUUGAGCGCGAUCGUACUCAGCUCUUGAUGCAAACUUUCAAAGAGCUGAACACACAGUUUAGCAGCUAUAACAGAAGAAACUCGUCGUCCCCACCCUUGGCAGUCAAUCGAGUAAAAGUAACAUUCAAAGACGAGCCUGGUGAGGGAAGCGGUGUGACCAGAAGUUUCUACACGGCUAUAGCGGAAGCUGUUCUUUCCAAUGAAAAAUUACCGAGUUUGGAAGCAGCUCAAGUAGUGGACAACAAGUACAGUCAAUACAGCGUUCUGCAAAGGGGCACAUUUUCCAGGUUAAGACAGAGAGAUAGAGAGCUGCUGCGACGAUCCCUGCCUUCCAGGGGGUCGGGAAGAAGUAGAGACCAUCAUCGUCGCGUUAUGAGUGUAGACGCAAGGCCUUAUGUUCCUGCAGAUAAUAUGCACAACAAUCCAGACGCACCUUCCAUGCCGGAUAUUUCGCCCAGCAACAACCACCCUAAUGGGAUCAAUUCGUUACCUAACGAGCACUUGACCUCCCACCAACAGCAACUUGGAGACAGAUUAUAUCCAAAAGUCUUCAAUCUACAUCCUACUUUUGCUGGACGGAUUACAGGAAUGUUGCUGGAGUUAUCACCGGCACAGCUGCUUCUGUUGUUGGCGUCCGAGGAGUCCCUGAGAUCGAAAGUUGAGGAAGCCGUCGAAAUGAUUCUGGCUCAUUCCCAGUCCCAUGCCGAUAUUGGAUCCGAUGCUUUAUUAGGGAGCAUAGGCGUGUUUUCGUUGAAUGAACGUGGUUCGGAAAAUGGCUACAGGACCGUCAACUCGGAUAAUUCUGUUACAGAGGAAACUGUACCCGAGGAGGAAGACAAUGCACCGUUGUUUUACAGCCCAGGCAAAAGGGGUUUCUAUGCGCCCCGCCAAGGAAGGGCGACUUUUGAAAGAUUAAACGCCUUUAGGAACGUUGGAAGAUUAUUGGGAUUAUGUUUGCUUCAAAACGAGCUCUGCCCGAUUUUCCUCACACGGCACGUGUUGAAGUCGAUUUUAGGAAGACCAGUCAAGUUCCACGACUUGGCCUUUUUCGAUCCUGUCGUUUACGAAUCUCUAAGACAACUGGUUGUGGACUCGGAAACGAAGGACAGCAACAGCCUGUUUUCGGCUCUUGAUCUGAAUUUCACAAUUGACUUGGGACCUGAAGAAGGCAACGGAACAGUCGACAUUGUGCCCAACGGAAAAGACAUAGAAGUCACAUCCCUGAACGUCUACACCUACGUUAGAAGAUAUGCCGAAUUCAGAAUGAUAAAGGUCCAGGAAAAGGCCAUCGAAAAAAUUAAAGCGGGUGUCUUUGACGUCCUUCCGGAAGGGUCGUUAGAUGGGCUCACCUCCGAAGAUUUGAGGCUUUUGCUGAACGGAGUGGGUGACAUCAAUGUAAGCGUUCUAAUAUCGUACACGUCGUUCAACGAUGAAUCGGGAGAGAGUAGCGACAGACUUGUGAAGUUCAAGAGAUGGCUGUGGUCCAUUGUGGAGAAAAUGAGUCAUUUGGAAAGACAGGAUUUGGUGUAUUUUUGGACGGGAUCCCCGGCUCUGCCAGCAAGUGAAGAUGGUUUUCAGCCGAUGCCUUCGGUAACUAUCCGACCUGCAGACGAUGCACAUUUGCCGACGGCAAACACGUGUAUUUCUCGACUUUAUAUACCCCUUUAUAGUAGUCGGACUGUUCUUAGACAAAAGUUACUUCUGGCAAUUAAAACAAAGAACUUCGGAUUCGUCUGAGCUCGGUAGCCACCAGUGUAACUAUUCAUUAGGUAUUUCUUUCGCAUCUAGUUUGGGUUAAUAAACAAACCACUUGUUUUAUACUUUGGCAUAUGAUUUAGUUUCUUGUGAGUAUGACGUACAGUUGAGCGCGAGGAAAAGAUGUAAAGCUGUUAAUAUAUUUCUCUUGCAAGUGUUAAAGGUGCGUGCGCUCCACUGUGCUCACAUUCUGACAUUGGAAACUUGCUUGUUAUAUUUGAUUGUUCGACAUAUAAAGCCACAUUGAUUGUUUUCAUCCACAACUGCUGUUAUUGAAAAAAAUGCAACAUUUCUAAUAAGGGGUUUUGAGUUAAACAUUUAAAACUGAAA